UGGGAGCUGCCGGGGCUCGGGCUGGGCCGUGUCCAGUGGGGCCGGGCGCGAUGGGGGACUGGAGCUCGCCUGUCAGCUCGCUGGGUGAGGAUGUGGUGGCCCGGCUCUGCCAGCUCCUGGACAACACCGGCCGCGGCUGGCGCAGGUUGGCUGAGGUGGCUGCGGUGGAGAAACGCUUCAAGUGCAGUGAGGAGGAGCUGGAGAUGUGCUCACUGAAGGUGCUGGAGCCCCAUGGCAGCCCCACGCAGAGCCUCCUGCAGCUCCUGGCUGAGCGUGACUGUACCCUCCAGGACCUGCUGGGCUGCCUGGAGAGGAUGGGGCACACACAGGCCUGCCACGUCCUCAGCAGCGCCGUCCAGGACAUGAUCCGCAUCGUGGUGCAGCCAGAGUCGCAGGUGGUGGCGGAGGGGACGCGGGUGUCCCUGAGCUGCCGGGCCACCGGACCACCGGGGCUCACGUACCAGUGGUUCUGUGGGAGGCAGGAGGUGCCCGGAGCCACGGCCCCGGAGCUAGUGGUGGACACGGCCGCGCCGUGGGGCCGUUCCGAGUGGUUCAUCUGCCGCGUGAACUGCGGGGCCACCUUCACCUUCUCCCAGUGGGCGCAUGUCCGGGUAGAGAGGAGCAGCAGCCCCAGUGCAACUGACGGUUACUGCCCGACCAUGUCAGGGCUGCAGAUCCUGCAGCACCCACAGCCGUGCCGCCUGGCCGAGGGGGACACGCUGGUGCUGGAGUGCCGGGCCAUCGGCAGCCCACCGCCCCAGUACCAGUGGUUCAGGAACCAGUGUCCCGUGGAGGGUGCGCAGGCACCACAGCUCCAGGUGAAGCUGGUGACAACGGCCGAGCGGGGCUGCUACUCCUGCCGCGUGUUCAACCUCUUCCAUGAGCUCUGGAGCCGGGAAGUGGAUGUGGAGAUCGGCCCCCGGCUCUUCACAUCCGGAUGCUCCUGGCAGGAGGGGAUGGAGGUAGGUUCCCCGGAGCACGGCAGCCCCAGACAACUCUAUGCCACUGACAAGGUGGCCCUGCUCAUCGGGAACAUGCAUUACCUGCACCACAAGCAGCUAAAGGCCCCUAUGGUGGAUGUGCACGCCCUCAGCACCCUCCUCCGACAGCUUGACUUCAAGGUGGUGUCACUGCUGGACCUGCGCAAGGCAGAGAUGCAGAUGGCUGUCAAUGAGUUCCUCCUCCUCCUCGACAAGGGUGUCUAUGGUUUGCUCUACUACGCCGGGCAUGGCUAUGAAAACUUUGGCAAUAGCUUCAUGGUGCCCAUCGACGCGCCCAGUGCCUACACCUCUGCCCACUGCCUGUGCGUGCAGCGGGUGCUGCAGGGCAUGCAGCAGCGCCACACCAGCCUCAACGUCUUCCUGCUUGACAUGUGCCGCAAGAGGAACCUCAACGACGAUGUCAUCCCAAAUGUCGGGACACUGCAGGUCACGGCCAACAUCGUCUUCGGCUAUGCCACGUGCGCAGACGCUGAAGCCUACGAGCUGAGCCAGGGCGAGCUCUCCAACGGCAUAUUUGUCACCUUCCUCAAGCGCUGGCUGCUGGAGGACGAGAAGAUCACAGUGUUGCUGGACAAGGUGGCCGAGGACAUGGGCACACUGGAGAUCACGCGGGGCCGGCAGGCGCUGGAGCUCCGCAGCAACCUCUCAGAGAGACGAGCUCUGACGGACCCCAUCCACGCACCAGCCCGGGACGAGUCCUCGGCCAGGAACCUCCAGUGGUCCAAGGCUCAUGUCCUGCCGGAGAGCCGGGCCCUCAGCUUUGACUGUGGUGUCACCAUCCAACUGGGCUUUGCCGCUGAGUUCUCCAACAUCAUGAUCAUCUACACGCGCGUGGUGGACCCCGAGGACAUCGCCACGUGUGAGGCCAAGCUCACCGACAUACCUGAGGAGCUGGGUGUGGACCUUAAGUGCACCAAUAAGGGGAACCCGGAGGACAUGGGCGGCCCAUUGGCGUCCACCUGGAGCCUCAAUUGCCCUUCCUGCUGCCUCUACAGCCGGCUCUGUGGCUUGCAGAAGCUGCAGCGGGAGCUGGUGUUCACCGUCUGCCUGCAGUACCGGUACCGGACAAACAGCUCCUUCCCUCGAGGGCUCGCCCAGCUCGGGCUGGGGACCCCGAGCUCCCAGGAGGUGCAGUUGCAGAGGAGCCUCAACGCCAGCACGCAGAGACCUGAGGACACCACCCCGCCUGUGUGA